AUUGACGAUCUUUACCCGCUAAGUCCACAUGGCAAGCUGCUAGAAUGAAGUACUGCGUAUGGAAUGGCCAACUGGUGUCAGUCAAGGAUUGCAAGCUCCUAUUACAAGCUUUGAGAGAAGAGGAUCAUCAAUGGAGCCUAUCACCAGCUGCUGACCCUCUAACAAUUACCAACAACUGUCUCUCCAUGGCUGUAUUGUUUGACUCUAGCCAGGGCCAGGCUAGACCCUUCCUCCUCACCAACCAACAUCACCACUACCAACUCAUGGAGUACAAUACUACCGAUAAUCAAAAUGAACUUGCAACAAGGUAUUUAUUUGACUGGGACCAUGAGUUGUUGUCAUUGAAGCUAUUGGAUGGACCCUUGCUGAUGCUUGCCUCCACCUCUACCCUCACUCUGGUGGACUGCAACAGUGGAUCACAACAACACAAUAUUGCAGUAGCAGAGCUACUCAAAGAGUCAGUGACUGUAUUCAAAGCUUGGGCAUUUGCUUGGUACGAGGACAGUGUGUUGGUGCUGCUGCAGCUCAGGAAAGGGGGAGGGGCUGCUCACUGGAGCAGUCUGGUGUUGCAGCAAGAUGGUGGGGUGUCAGAAAGCCAGGAGUUGGUACCCUGUGAGUAUGGUUGCAUGGCUACUUGCAUCGAGUGCUCGGAGUGUGUGUCAGUGAGUAGAGUCACAGGGGACUUUGAGGUAUGUAAGAGGUUCUAUGUUGGUACCAGCUACAAACAAGUGGUGGUGUUUGGAGACAGUGGUACUCUACUGUAUUGUGUGACUCUGAACACUGCUCCUGCUAAAGUUGUUAUAUUAGAGAGUUCUGAUGAGAGCUUGUCUUUGGCUGUCCUCUCUGAUAGUGACUGCAUUGCUUACAAGCUGACUGACACCACCCUCAAGGAGGUGGGCUGCUGGAGGAAUGUGAGUGACGUUAUUGCUGGCAACCUGGCUCAUGUUGGACACAGCCAGUUGCUGAUACUGAAACAUAACGAUAUACAGGGAGAACAAGACUUCAUAGCAACUGAUUUGAACCUCUUUUCUACUGAAGACGCUGCUAUGGAUCAAACUGAUAGAGGUUCCAACACGUCACUGGCUGACACUGUGAAGGCUUUCCAGCUCAGGAAACACGAUGGAAUGGUGCAGCUGACCGAGCUGGAGGCUGAGAUACAGCAGAAGACUCUCCUCAUUCACUCUAGUCUGGUCUUCAUGAGCUCUCUGGGGUCAACAGACGUACAGCCUCCACCCACUCACUCAGAGCUGAUGUGUAUUGUCCCCGGUGGUGGUGGUGGUGUGGGUGGUGGUGGUGUGGGGGGAGUGGCUAAGAGGAGGCAGUCACAGCUGUUAGAGGUGGGGCAAGUCUGGAAGCGUCUCGAGGAUAACCAGCUAAUUGUUGGAAUUCUACUCAAGAAUAUCUCAGAACAGACGUUGUCGACGGUCCACUGCUCUCUGGUGCUCCCAUGUGAGGCCACACCCACUGACUCCACCUCUCACAUCCUCUGGAACAGCUCUCUUGAUGCUCUCACUCCUCAAGACAAUGACUUCCUCUCUCACUUCCCUUCUCCUGUCAAGCGGAGGAGACUAGAGGAAGCCCUCGGCACUGGACAGAGGGGUGUGACAGUAACAAGUCUUGAGCCAGGGGGGACCAUGUGUGUUGUUAGCUUCGCCCCCUUGGUGUGCCGAGGGGCGGUGGGUGGGGCACUGGUGGUGUGUGUGAAGAGUGUGGAGGGUGUGUGUGCAGUGGAUGUACCUGUAGAGCUCAAGAUGAAUGAGGUGUUGUCUCAAGAGCUGAGAGUACAAAGGUCUUGCCUGAGGUUAUGGAAAGGACAAGAAGAGAUGAGAGAGAUGGAUUGGACAGACAAGGCAGUGCAAGACCUUGCUACUCUGAUGGCUGUCAAAAGAAUAACUAAGAUUGGAAUCACCACCCAGUACACCAGUUGGGCUCAGCUGAUCUCACUCAUGAGCAAGAGACUACACAUUAGUUACCUGAUGCUGGUUGCCACGCCCCCUAUUACCCCCCAGGUAGACACUGAGGGGGGUCCACUGGACGGUGUGGCUGUGUGUGUGUGCCCCAUCUCAGAGAGCACAGCCAAUAUGGCUAUCAUGUACAGGUCUGAGCCUCAACUAUCAUUGUUCCUGACUAUGUUGAAGCACACACUGCCAGUGGACAUUACUAUCUCUCUCAACUGAAAACUCAUUAUAAUCUUCAAUUCUCAUUAUACUUUGUUUUUGUUAACUUUGUUAUUCAAGAUAAAGAUUUUCACAAUAGACACACAAACAAACAAAAA